AUGAAAGAAUUAACAUGUCCAACAGUGCAAUUUUGUUUUGGAAAUAAUAUAAUAAAUUCACAAAAUUCUUCAAAUAUUCUCUUAAAUAAUUUAAAAGAUCGUCCAAAUAUAAAUUCAAUGCCUUCAUUAAUAAAUGCUUUGACACAAGCUGAACAAACAAUUAUGGAACAUAAUUAUCAUUUACAAAAUCGAAAACAACAAAUUCACCAAAAUACUCGUUCACCUUCCGUUAGUGGAAAUUUUUCUAUUGGACUUACAACAACAACAAUUAAUAAAGGAAGGAGGUUAUCUGAACGUUUAGUUAAUGAAAAUAAUAAUGGAAUAAUUAAAGGCCGUUUGGAACGUUCAAAUUCUGUUUUGAGUAGUCGAAAUGGAAACACAAAUUUAAAUUUUAUACCAGAACUAACUCCACAACAAGUUUCUAAUUUACGUCGUUCAUGGAAGCAUAUAAACACAAAAGGACUUUAUGAUGUAAUUAGGCGGGCCUUUUCUAAAUUGGAAAGUUCUGCCCCAAAUGUUCGUUCUGCAUUUAAAAAUAAUUAUUUGGAUAAUCAACAACAAAAAAAUAUUGGGGGAAUAUCUAAAUGUGGGGUUAUGGAACAUACAAGGCUAGAAAAUUAA